AUGUCAUCUUCACAUUCUACCCUCGAUGCUGCGGCGAUCGACCGAAAAGCCCGUCUAGCCAAGCUAGCCUCACUGAAGCGAAAGCAGUCCGAACCAGACCCCAUUGAACAGGAUGGCUCCCAGCAUACUUCAACGGAAGGGACACCAACAGAUGUCUCUGCGCGAUACCUAUCCGGGAGAAAUUACGAUCCCGAGGCUCGGGGCCCAAAACUCGGUUUCGAACAUGCCCCAAUAGAAGGGCAAUCCACUCUUGAAGAACGAGCCCAGAAAAUCGCGAUAUCCACCGAACAGGCUGCAAAGGAGGACGAGGAAGCCGAUAAACCGAUCGACCUGUUUAAACUACAACCUAAAAAGCCGAACUGGGAUUUAAAACGAGACCUAGACGAGAAGAUGAAGAUCGUAAACGUGAGAACUCAGAAUGCGAUAGCUAGAUUGGUUCGGGAUAGGAUACAGAAUGCGCAAAGGGACGCGAAGGAGAAGAAUAACAUGGCUUCUGCAGAGGGCAACGUUGAUGGGGAUGGCCAAGAGGUCGGCAUUGAUGGAGGGGCCCUCAUUGAAGGAAUACACCUGAAGGAAAGGGAUGAAGCGGAAGAUGAGAGGAGGGAGAGGGAGAGGGAAGAGGACACAGAGAUGGGUUGA